AUGGAUAUAUGGCUCACAUUAGAGAAGGAAUUUCUUACUGAAUCUAGGGCUAAGACAUUACAUGUUAAGAGUCUUUUACAAAAUACAAGAAAGGAAAACAUGAGCAUGCAUGAUUACUUCCUUACGAUGAAAGGUGUUGCCGAAAAUUUGUCAUCUAAUAGAGUAGUGAUAGCAGAUGAAGAGUUUCUUAAUUACAUUCUGGACAAACUAGAGUCUAAAUGUGAUGCAGCUGUUGUGAAUAUCACAACUAGGUUAGAGUCCAAGCUUGAUCCCAUAUCUAUCCAAGAAACACAAACAAUUUUAAUAAAACUUGAGCUUAGGCUUCAAAGGGUAAAUGCAACAAUGAAUUUUGUUGUUCACAAUGAGUUUCAUGGAGGAUUAGCUAAUGUUGCUACUCUCUCAAUUGAUGAUGAGAACAAGAAAACACAAUCUGGCCAAAUUGUGUCAUUAACUACGCAACAAACCUCCACUCAUAAUCCAAGAAAUAGCACCUUAUUUAGAAGUAACUUUCACUCUCCUGGUUUCAUCAGACAACCCUCAUUUGAUUUUGGAAUUGGAAAUCCUAGAAUUGGUAAUUCUGGAAUUGGAAGUUCUUACUACCUAACUGAUAGUCAUGGUGAUCAUCGCUAUGUGCAUAAUCCCUACUCAGAAUCCUUAAUGAUGUCUCAAAACACAACACCUACUUCAUUUCACCAAACACCUGGAUCCACAGUUGUCCAUGCUGACAGUCAGUCAAACUCAACUGCUGCUCAUCUGCACAAUCAGGCUCUGAUGGUUCAAACUCAACUACAUAACUAUCAUCCUACAGCCAUAAACUACAUUUUCACAUCUUCUACAGUACAUGAUGCUACAUGGUACAUGGAUUCUGGAGCUACAGACCAUGUUACCUCUGAUUUUUCUCAACUUACAAGAAGCACUAGUUAUGUAGGCAGUGAACAGCUCCAGGUUGGCAAUGGUGAGCUUUUUUCUAUUUCUCAUAUUGGUUUUGUUGAUUUAAACUGUCCAUUUAGAACUCUGCACCUCAGGAAUGUCUUGUGUGUCCCUCACAUUACAAAAAAUCUUCUAAGUGUUUCUAAACUAACUAGAGAUAAUCUUGUCACUGUUGAGUUUUUUAUUGAUUCUUGUGUGGUUAAGGACAAGCUCUCCAAAGUAAUCCUACUCAAAAGAAUGCUUAAAGGUUGA